CCUCUCGGUGCAGCUUCAAUUUGUUCCACAACCCCAUUCUGUACCUCACCCGCAACCACAACCACCACAAACCCCCCCUUCCCCUCAAACAACCCCCAAACUAACCCACCAUGUCCACGCCAACCACCACCACCGCUCCCGCCCCCUCGGGCGGCGACGAGCCCACCGCGCUCAGCACGCAGUACGACACGCCCCUCGGCCUCGCCCACACCACGAUGCAGGCCCUCAAGGACCGGAUCAAGCUGCACUACGACCUGGCCAGCGACUACUACCUCAACCUGUGGGGCGAGCACAUCCACCACGGCUACUGGCCGACGCCCGCCUCCAAGGCGACCGACUCCAAGGAGACGGCCCAGCUGAACUUGAUCCAUUUGCUGUUGGCUAUCGCCGAGCUGCCCGGUGGCGAUGGCGGCGCUGCUGCUGCUGCUACUGCUACUGCUACUGCCCCUGCCGGUGCUGGUGCUGCGGGUGAGGCGCGGCCGCCGCUGCGCGUGCUGGAUGUUGGUUGUGGUGUUGGCGGCACGGCGCGGUAUCUGGCGCGCACGCUGGGCGCCGCUGUGACGGGGUUGACUAUCUCGGGUAAGCAGGUGCAGAUGGCGAUUAGGCUGAGCAAGCCGGCCGAUGGUGCGGGUGGUGCGGAUGGAGCUGGGGCUGAGGCUGGAAGUGGUGGUGGUGAUGAUGGGUUCAUUACCGUUGGCGAGCAGGGCGGGCGGGUGAGGUUUGUGGAGCUGGAUGCGGAGAAGAUGGGGGAGUACUUCGGCGCGGGAGGGGAUGGUGGUGAGGGUGGGUUCGAUGUUGUUUGGAUCAGCGAGGCGCUCUCGCACUUCCCCAACAAGGAGCUCUUCUUCCACAACGCGCACAAGCUGCUCCGGCCGGGCGGGAAGCUGGUGCUGGCGGACUGGGCCAAGGCGGAGGAUCUUGGGAAGGACGUGUUUGACGCGGAUAUCAAGCCCAUCGAAGACGGCAUGCUCACCCCGCCGCUUUGCACGCAGCAAGAGUAUGUGAACCAGGCUACGGGCGCCGGGUUGAAGGUACUCGGCGGGCCAAAGGACAUCAGUAAGGAUGUCAGCAAAACCUGGGACAUCUCGUGGUCGCUGGUACAGAAUCCCUCGCUGUGGGCGUUCGCCUUCAGCCAAGGGCGAGAUGGCAUUGCCUUUUUACAAGCUUUCCGGGCCAUGAGGAGGGGCUAUGCAAACGGGACUUUCCAGUAUGCUGUCAUGUCGUUCUCAAAGCAAUAAUGGACUGCAAGAUGCGAAGAGCACCAUGUUGGGGAAAUUAGCCGCAGUGCAUUCAACUAGAUAGGAAUCGAGUUUCUUGACUUCCUUCCACAACGGAAACCGUCGCUAAUCCAUAGUUCCGACCUCCUGAUCUUAUCCCCACCCUCGAUCCUUUCUUUAUUCCCGC